AUGUUGUCAACGCCAUCAUAUCGAGCCAAUGGUGACGAUUCAACAAUGCCUGGUAGUUAUGAACCAUUUACAGGACUAGCACGUCGCAAUACACCCUUUCCAAGUUAUCCUUCAAAACCAAGAACACCAUUUCCACAGCUUUCUCCGAGUCGAUUACCAGGAAGAACACCAUUUCCACAACUUUCUCCGAAUCAAUUACCAGGAAGAACACCAUUUCCACAACUUUCUCCGAAUCGAUUGCCAGAAAGAACACCAUUUCCUGUGAUAUCUCCCAAUAUUGGUCCACCAAUGAGAAGACGAUCUAUUGUACCUAGACGUCGUCAACGUAGACGGAGACCACUCACACCAGAAAUUGUUCUAGAUCAAGGAGGUUAUCGUCGUCGUUUAUCACGUGGACGGCGUCGUGUUAUUAGAGUUUCACUUGAUCCUUGUCCGACUCUUGGUUUGCGUGGACCACCGAAACGUGUAAUGGAAAUUGAACGUGUUCGAUGUCAUCGACGUCGACGAUGUCGACCCGUAUGUUAUGAAUAUGAUCGUGAAGAAUUAGUACCACAACCAACUACAAUAAUUACUAAUCCGAUUCCAAAUCCAUGCAUACAAUCAGUAAUUAUACCAUCGAAUAAUCCUGUUGCUACAAAUUCAUCAACAUGUCUUUCAAAUCUAACUCCACAAAUGAUUGAUAGUUUGCCAAAACAAACUGUUCAAUUACCACCUAUACAUUUACCUGGUAGUUGUGCUAAUGCUAAUACAGAACUUGAUACUAUUAAAUUUCCCACUGAAAUAAUCAAUCCAUUAAAUGGAACUCUAUCAAUUAUUCAAGCUAAUCCUGGAAUAAAUCCUAUUGGAACUACGAAUAUUCAACCUAUUAUUACUGCUCCUAUUCAAUCUCAAUUAAUUCAUAGACCAACAACAGUUGGUUUACCUAUUAUACCACCAGUAUCAUCAGUACCAUCAGUAUCACCUGUAAUGUCAUCAGAUCCAGGAAUGCAACGAUUUCAAGAACUUUUUCAACGUCUUAAUAUGUCACGUGCACGACCAAUAUCACGUGUACCAAGUCCUCCUAUAAUUCGACCUACAUUUCCGACUAUUUCUCCAAUGAACAAUGUUACAACUGGUCCACCACCUAUUUCAUUAAUCAAUACAGCAGAUAUCAGACCAUAUUCUUCAGCUAAUAUUCAAUCUAUAAAUCCAUUAAAUAUUGGAUCCUAUCGUCCAGUUAGUACUGGUCCAAUAAUUCCAUUAAAUAAUGAAUACUAUCAUUCAGUUAGUACUGGUCCAAUAAUUCCAUCAAAUAUUACUUCUUAUCGUCCAGCACAUAUUACACCAUAUCGUCCAUCAAGUUUUACACCAUCUAUUCGAGCAAAUGAUCCAACUUAUCGCCCAUCAAGUUUUACACCAUCUAUUCGAGCAAGUAAUCCAACUUAUCGUCCUCCAAGUAUUCCAUUAUCUUCUCUAGCAAGUAAUCCAACUGAUCAUCCUACAAGUAUGCCAUUACCUCCUCUAGCAAGCAAUCCAACUUAUCGCCCUCCAAGUAUUUCGUCAUCUCCUCUAGCAAGCAAUACAACUUAUCGUCCUCCAAGUAUUCCAUUUCCUUCUCUAGCAAGUAAUCCAACUUAUCGUCCUUCAAGUAUUCCACCUUCUAGUUCAGCAGAUAUCAAUCCGUACCGUUCAGCAAAUAUUACAUCCUAUGUUAAUAUAGCUGAUCGAUCUACUAAUAAUCCAAUGUCACAAUCAGCUGAUUCUUCUGCAACUAUUCCUUACACUUCAACUGUAUCAAGAGUACCUUUGAGUACUUUUGAUCCUUUAUCUUCUUCCUCUUCUGGAGUUGUUAAUAACUAUAUAAAUUUAGAAUCAGUACCAUCAACUCCUUAUCAAUCAAAUAAUUCAAUGCCAAAAUCAAUUCUUCGCAAUGGAACAUCGACUGAUACUCCUUUAAUAGUAUCCAAUGUUUUAUCGUCUAACGAUGCCGUGAAUAAGACGACAAGAUUUACUUAA